CGCUGCUCUCAGGGCACUCCCGGGGUCCCCUGAGCUCCCCCCGGGACGAGCCGGUACCGGAAAGGACCCGGGACCCCCCGAGACCCCCGGGACCCCCGCCCUGGCUCCGCCCCCAACCGGUAACCACGCCCAUGACUCCACCCAUAGCCAUAACCCCGCCCCCACACAGACCCCGCCCCCACCUCCACCCGCUUUGACGUCACUUCCGGCGCGUCCCCAACAUGGCGGCGCCCUUGCGGCGGGCGCUGCUGGCGCUGGGCCCGGCCCGGUUCCAGCUCCCGGUGCCGGUUCCGGCCCCGGCGCGGCCCUACCGGGCGGAUCCGCUGCGCCGCCGGCCGGGCCCGGCCCCCGCCGACCCCGAUGACCUGCGGGCGGCCGCGCGGCGGUUCGGGCGGCUCGGGGAGGCGUCGGGGGUGCCGGUGUGGCGGCUGUGGCCGAGCCCGGAGCAGCUGCGGGAGGCGGAGGCGGAGGAGCGCGAGUGGGACCCGCCGCUCCGGGAUGUAGAGGCCGUGCUGGAUCAGCGGGAGCGGGAGGAGGCGCGGCGGAGAAAGGAGAGGCAGGAGCUGGUGGCCCGCAGCCUGGCGGCCAUGCCGGCCCGCGUGGCCGCCUGGCGCCGGGAGCGCGAGGCCGCGCGGGAGCGGGCGCGGGCGGACGCGGCGCGGCGGCAGCGGCUCCUGGCCGAGGCGGGGCUGGCGGGGGUCCCGGGCCGUGGGACCCCCGCCCGAGCCCAGGAGCUGCUGGACGACCUGGAGCGGCAGCGGCGGCGGGAGGAGAAGCGGCGGCGGCGGCAGGAGCGGGAGGAGGCGGCCCGGAGCGCCCUGGCCGCGGCGGAGGCGGCGGCGGCCGCGCGGCCGCUCCCCGGAGCCCCCCCCGAGAGCGACGAGACCCCCCCCCAAACCCACCGGGACGACCUCCUGACCCCCCCCCCCCGGUAAUGCCGGGACCUGCAGGGAACGAGCACAGCCCGGAAUGGGUUUAAAACUCUGCAUUUAA